AUGUCUAUUUUUUGGAUCGGCGCUGUUGAAGGUGUCGGAUUUAAAAACAAAGGUGUUUUGGUCAGCUGGCCAGGAAUCCCCACUGCAGUUAGUUUGUAUCUUGUUUGCUACACAGCACAUCCUGUCUUCCCAACCAUCUACAAUUCUAUGAAGAAGAAAAACCAUUUCCCUAAGAUUCUUUUCAUAAGCUUUGCCUUAUCAUCAAUGAUAUAUGGAGUGAUGGCAAUCUUUGGAUAUCUAAUGUAUGGAGAAGAGGUGCAAUCACAAAUCACUUUAAACCUUCCAACACAUAAGGUCAGCGCGAUAAUAGCAAUCUCUACCACAAUCGUGAGCGCCCUAACCAAAUAUGCGUUAAUCCUUUCCCCCAUCAUGGAAGCAAUCAAUACGCGGUUGAUGAAAGCAAACUAUAAAAGGAGAAGCAUUCGUAUGUUGACUGGAACCGGGCUGGUUUUAGGAACAAUAUUGGUUGCACUUGUUGUGCCAUUGUUUGGGUAUGUAAUGUCACUUAUAGGCGCACUUUUGACUAGUUUUACUUCGAUAGUAUUUCCAUGUGCAAUUUAUCUAAAGAUCAGUAACGGAUAUAGGAGAUGUAUGGAGUUUGAGAGUGUGGUUUUGGUGGUGAUUAUUGUGAUGGGUUUAGUUCUUAUGGUCACGGGGACUUACUCGGCGAUUGUUGGGAUCAUUGUUCACUUGUGA